AUGACUAUAUCCGCCCACGAGAGGCUGAGAGAAUGUGGAGUGGAGUACGGAAGCAGGAAAGGAUUGCUGGCGGAGCUCGAGACAAACAGUAUACGCAUUCAGCACGAGCAGCUGAAGGCGGAAGUGGCUAGAGCCGAGAGGAAAAUUGGGCAGCUGGAGGCCGAGAUCGCUGCUGAAGAGGAAUCUUCCAAACAGCGCAUCGACAUGAAGGAAAAGAAGCACCAGCAGAAGAUGGAGUUCCUCAAGAAGCUCAACAAGCAACUCAAGGUAAAGCUUGGCCACCGAGAGAUGGCGGAUGACCUUGAAGAGGAAACAUCAUUUAUAUUAUUUGCAGUUGGUAGAAUCUAA